AUGGCAAAAAAAAAGAAACAGACAAACACAACCCGCGUGUGUACUGUACAGGGUCCCAGAAUACGGACCAUGCCUGGCCACCAAAAGCCAUCAUUCCGGACCAAGACGCUCAUGAAUAGGAUCCAACUACCAGACCAAUCAUUCCCCUAG